AUGCAAGUCCCUACCAGCCGCACAAAAGGAAAGAUAGAGCGCGAGGCAGAUCUUUGGGAGUUCUUCUGCUACCCACAAAGGCCAAAUAAGCUUGGCACAUCGGAGCUGAAACCUUAUCUUGCCGCUGUGAAGCACACGCUGCACGCCGCUCUGUGUAUACAAAAUUUUCCAUCUCAGGUUGUCGAGCGCCAUAACAAACCAGAAGUCGAGGUUAAAACUUCAAAGGAAUUGCUUCUGCACCCUGUUAUCAUUAGUCGCAAUGAAAAAGAACGGGUUCUUAUUGAGGGAUCAAUCAAUUCGGUGCGAGUGAGCAUUGCAAUCAAGCAAGCGGACGAAAUAGAAAAACUCCUGUCUCGCAAAUUCACUAGAUUUAUGAUGAUGCGCGCUGAAGACUUUGCCAUACUGCGACGCAAACCAGUCCCAGGCUACGACAUUAGCUUCCUGAUCACGAAUUCCCACACGGAACAAAUGUCCAAGGCAAAAGUGGUCGACUUCAUCAUCACGUUCAUGGAUGAAAUCGAUAAAGAAAUUUCUGAAAUACGUCUGGCUGUCAACUCCCGUGCUCGUCAAUGUGCAGAAGAGUAUCUGAAAGCUUUUGAGUGA